AUGGCUGAACCCUCAUCAGUAGACGAGUUUGAAUCUAGUCUUCCAAGCCAUGGCUCUUCCCUAGCAGGUCUCGAACCAAUUAGCUGGGGCGAUGUCGCAACCUAUGAGCGAAAUGCAGUGACUUCCUUGGUGCAGCACCAGCCGAGGCUCGACAUUGAUUUGCUUGCAGAAGAACAGCUGGCCUCACUUUUAGCCGAGACAGACAUCGUGAAUACACCUCACAAUGCUAUUGGAGCCUCAUCAAUGCUGUGGCCUGCUAAAAAUACAUUGCCCCCCAAGAGUGGCAAUCGUUUCAAUCCUGCCGCCCUAAAGCUGCUAAAGAGAUGGUUCGCGAAUCACGAAGAUCACCCUUACCCAACAAGCGAUGAUAUACAACAGCUUGAGGUGCUCACUAGCCUCAGUCAGAAGCAGAUACAAAACUGGUUCUCUAAUAUGCGACGACGCUCCAAGAAUCUCCGAUCCAAUACCGAUUCGGGGAUCUUCUCUCGACGUACCUCCAAGGCCGCCUACGCCUUCACCUUUUGGAAACAUGAAUCCGCUUCAACGAUGGGAGAGCUCUCCGCCCGAACACGAAGCUGCAGCAGUUUCUGA